AUGAAAGGAACAAAAUCUUCAGCUCAUAAUCAACUAAUAAGCCCCGCCGGAAGCCCGCCGUCAGACAAUGACUCCGGCCGCGGCGGCGGCGGCGACGCUACCAAAGAAAAUGACCGCUUCCUUCCUAUAGCCAACGUCAGCCGUAUUAUGAAGAAAUCUCUGCCUUCCAACGCCAAGAUAUCAAAGGAAGCUAAGGAGACAGUUCAGGAGUGCGUGUCUGAGUUCAUUAACUUUGUGACCGGCGAAGCUUCUGAUAAGUGCCAGAGGGAGAAGAGGAAGACUAUUAAUGGAGAUGAUCUGCUUUGGGCCAUGACGACCCUUGGCUUUGAUUCAUAUGUUGUUCCUCUUAAGAGCUAUCUUAGUAGAUAUAGGGAGGGUGGUGGGGACCAGUAUAGUAUCAUGAAGGGGCAGCAGAUGAGUGAAGAGGGGAAAGGCGGCGGCGGUGGCGGAAGCAGCGGCGGUGGAGGUGCCGACGAAGUAGGAGGUGUUGGUGGGUUGUGCAAGGGGACGGCGGGGCCGACGGCGCCGGGAUUUCCAGGAGGGAAUGGGUUUUAUGGGAGGAGUGAUGAUGGGAGGGGGAGUUUUCAUGGAGUUCAUUGGUAG